AUGCCGGUCGAAACCCCCUUCACUGUGAGCUCUAUUCACGGCUCCAGUGAUGUCAAAUACAAGUGCAUAAUGCGCAUUUUUGGACUAGACGUCCCAUUUUACCUCUUGGAUACAUUGAGCACGUUCGAUGCUAUAAUAGGCUUCGAUUCGCUAACGCGAGCGGGAGUAGCAUUGGACCUAGGCAGCAGCGUGAUAAAAUACGCAAAUGUCACUGAAAAGCUCAAAUUUUUUGACUGUCAAAAUGUCAAUUUCACAAAAAUCGAUGACAUAGUGGUACCAAGUUCGGCUAAAGCCGAAUUCAAAAUAACUAUUCUGAAAAGAAUUAAGGUGUUUUCAACCUCUAACGAGGCGCUCACCUUCAACACAUCGGUCAUCGCUACUAUUCGAACUACGAGUGACGAACCUGUCUACUCCAAGUUAUACCCCUACCCUAUGGGGGCAGCAGACUUUGUAAACAACGAAAUCAAAGAACUGCUGCAAAACGGCAUAAUCAGGCCGUCCAGAUCCCCAUACAACAGCCCUGCCUGGGUAGUUGAUAAAAAAGGGACUGAUGAUAAUGGCAGUAGAAAGAAGCGAUUAGUAAUCGAUUUCAGGAAGCUGAACGAGCGAACAGUCGCCGAUCGCUAUCCCAUGCCGAGCAUAGCCAUGAUUCUAGCGAACUUGGGAAAAGCCAAAUUUUUUACUACCCUAGACCUGAAGUCAGGGUACCACCAAAUAUACCUGGCUGAAAAGGACAGAGAGAAAACCUUGUUCUCAGUUAAUGGUGGGAAGUACGAAUUCUGCCGACUACCCUUCGGCCUAAAAAACGCAGGGAGUAUUUUCCAAAGAGCCAUCGACGAUGUGCUGCGGGAAGAAAUCGGCAAAAUAUGCUACGUCUACGUUGACGAUGUUAUCAUCUUUUCCGAAAACGAAACGGAACAUGUCAAGCAUAUUGACACGGUGCUUAAGCGCCUACUCGAUGCCAACAUGAGGGUGGCACGAGAAAAAACAAAGUUCUUUAAAGAGAGCGUUGAAUUCCUAGGGUUCAUUGUUACCAGAGGAGGGACAAAAACAGACCCAGAAAAGGUUAGGGCAAUAAAAGAGUUCCCAGAACCAAAAAAUCUGUUUAGCCUCAGGUCCUUCCUAGGCCUGGCGAGCUAUUACAGAAGCUUUGUAAAAAACUUUGCAUCUAUUGCUAGACCUCUGACCGCCAUCCUCAAAGGGGAAAACGGGACGGUCAGCAAGAAUAUGUCGAAAAAAGUAGCUGUCAGGUUUAAUGAAACCCAGCGCAAUGCAUUCGACCACCUUCGUAACAUUUUGGCAUCCGAAGAUGUCAUAUUGACAUACCCUGAUUUCAAAUCACCGUUUGACUUAACCACUGACGCCUCAGCGAGUGGAAUAGGCGCGGUACUGUCCCAAAAUAAAAGACCUAUUACUAUGAUUUCACCCACGCUAAAAGACUGCGAGCUGAACUACGCCACAAACGAAAGAGAAUUAUUGGCGAUAGUCUGGGCAAUAGGCAAACUCCAGAAUUACCUGUACGGUAACAAUGAGGUACGGAUCUUCACAGACCACCAGCCUCUCACGUAUGCGGUAUCCGACAAAAAUACCAACGCUAAAAUCAAGCGAUGGAAAGCAUUCAUUGAUGAGAACAACGGGAAAGUAUUUUACACACCCGGAAAACAAAACCUGGUAGCUGACGCAUUAUCAAGGCAACCCCUGAAUAACUUAGAGGCUGAAGCCCAGUCUGACGCGGCUACGGUGCAAAUAUACCUGGCUGAAAAGGACAGAGAGAAAACCUCGUUCUCAGUUAAUGGUGGGAAGUACGAAUUCUGCCGACUACCCUUCGGCCUAAAAAACGCAGGGAGUAUUUUCCAAAGAGCCAUCGACGAUGUGCUGCGGGAAGAAAUCGGCAAAAUAUGCUACGUCUACGUUGACGAUGUUAUCAUCUUUUCCGAAAACGAAACGGAACAUGUCAAGCAUAUUGACACGGUGCUUAAGCGCCUACUCGAUGCCAACAUGAGGGGCAAUAAAAGAGUUCCCAGAACCAGCGAGGCACACUACGAGGCCGUGGUCAUAAUUAAAAACAAAAUUUGCGGACCCGCUCGGUCACUACUCACGUCCCACAAUACAGUGCUAAGCUUCGAUGCAAUUAUAGCCAGACUAGAUUGCACAUAUGCGGACAAAACGUCCUUGAGAGUGCUGCGGCAAAAUUUAGAAAUGGUUCGGCAAGGAGACUCCGAUCUUAUGGCAUACUAUGACGAGGUCGAGAGGAAACUCACGCUUGUCACUAACAAAAUAGUCAUGUCACAUAACUCGGACACAGCAACUAUCCUAAAUAAGGAGGUUAGGGAUGAUGCCCUUCAUGCAUUCAUUGCAGGGCUUAAAAGACCACUCAAGUCACUCGUGCUGCCAGCACAACCCAAAGACCUUCCGUCUGCACUAGCGUUAGCGCGAGAGGCCGAGAACAGCAUUGAGAGAAGUGCGUUCGCGGCAUCCUACGCGAAAGCUAUAGAAGACAAGUCCCAUUGCAAUGAGGGCAACAGGCGCAAUAGUAAGAGUCAGGGAAAGCAAUGGAGAGGCGAGGAUAAGAAUCCGCACUUUGUCCCUAAACAAAACCAAAAUAAAUCUCAUGAGAACAAUCCCUGGCCAAAGCACAGGGAUACUGAGCCACUAGACCAGGAUAAAGUUCAACCCAUGGAGGUAGACCCCUCAACGGCUAGAUUUAGACAAGAAACAAGCUGGGGAAAGCCUCAAAAUAACAACAACUACAAAAGGCAGAACUCGUCCCAGCGUCAAUCAGACCAAAGACGCCAACGCGUCAACAAUAUAGCCCAACCCCAACAGGAGGCGACGGAUUAUGCCACCACAGCUGAGGCCGAGGUUGCCACCAUCGAGGGAGAUAGCGACUCCGCCGAGCUUAACGACCUCCUCCAUUUUAGGGAGCGUUCCCGACUGCCGUUCGUCGAGCGACAGUUGGCUGGCAAAUCAAUAAAAAUUCUCAUCGACACCGGGGCGGCAAAAAAUUACGUGAAGCCCGUAAAGGAGCUAAGAAACGUAAUGCCGGUCGAAACCCCCUUCACUGUGAGCUCUAUUCACGGCUCCAGUGAUGUCAAAUACAAGUGCAUAAUGCGCAUUUUUGGACUAGACGUCCCAUUUUUCCUCUUGGAUACAUUGAGCACGUUCGAUGCUAUAAUAGGCUUCGAUUCGCUAACGCGAGCGGGAGUAGCAUUGGACCUAGGCAGCAGCGUGAUAAAAUACGCAAAUGUCACUGAAAAGCUCAAAUUUUUUGACUGUCAAAAUGUCAAUUUCACAAAAAUCGAUGACAUAGUGGUGCCAAGUUCGGCUAAAGCCGAAUUCAAAAUAACUAUUCUGAAAAGAAUUAAGGUGUUUUCAACCUCUAACGAGGCGCUCACCUUCAACACAUCGGUCAUCGCUACUAUUCGAACUACGAGUGACGAACCUGUCUACUCCAAGUUAUACCCCUACCCUAUGGGGGCAGCAGACUUUGUAAACAACGAAAUCAAAGAACUGCUGCAAAACGGCAUAAUCAGGCCGUCCAGAUCCCCAUACAACAGCCCUGCCUGGGUAGUUGAUAAAAAAGGGACUGAUGAUAAUGGCAGUAGAAAGAAGCGAUUAGUAAUCGAUUUCAGGAAGCUGAACGAGCGAACAGUCGCCGAUCGCUAUCCCAUGCCGAGCAUACCCAUGAUUCUAGCGAACUUGGGAAAAGCCAAAUUUUUUACUACCCUAGACCUGAAGUCAGGGUACCACCAAAUAUACCUGGCUGAAAAGGACAGAGAGAAAACCUUGUUCUCAGUUAAUGGUGGGAAGUACGAAUUCUGCCGACUACCCUUCGGCCUAAAAAACGCAGGGAGUAUUUUCCAAAGAGCCAUCGACGAUGUGCUGCGGGAAGAAAUCGGCAAAAUAUGCUACGUCUACGUUGACGAUGUUAUCAUCUUUUCCGAAAACGAAACGGAACAUGUCAAGCAUAUUGACACGGUGCUUAAGCGCCUACUCGAUGCCAACAUGAGGGUGGCACGAGAAAAAACAAAGUUCUUUAAAGAGAGCGUUGAAUUCCUAGGGUUCAUUGUUACCAGAGGAGGGACAAAAACAGACCCAGAAAAGGUUAGGGCAAUAAAAGAGUUCCCAGAACCAAAAAAUCUGUUUAGCCUCAGGUCCUUCCUAGGCCUGGCGAGCUAUUACAGAAGCUUUGUAAAAAACUUUGCAUCUAUUGCUAGACCUCUGACCGCCAUCCUCAAAGGGGAAAACGGGACGGUCAGCAAGAAUAUGUCGAAAAUAGCUGUCAGGUUUAAUGAAACCCAGCGCAAUGCAUUCGACCACCUUCGUAACAUUUUGGCAUCCGAAGAUGUCAUAUUGACAUACCCUGAUUUCAAAUCACCGUUUGACUUAACCACUGACGCCUCAGCGAGUGGAAUAGGCGCGGUACUGUCCCAAAAUAAAAGACCUAUUACUAUGAUUUCACCCACGCUAAAAGACUGCGAGCUGAACUACGCCACAAACGAAAGAGAAUUAUUGGCGAUAGUCUGGGCAAUAGGCAAACUCCAGAAUUACCUGUACGGUAACAAUGAGGUACGGAUCUUCACAGACCACCAGCCUCUCACGUAUGCGGUAUCCGACAAAAAUACCAACGCUAAAAUCAAGCGAUGGAAAGCAUUCAUUGAUGAGAACAACGGGAAAGUAUUUUACACACCCGGAAAACAAAACCUGGUAGCUGACGCAUUAUCAAGGCAACCCCUGAAUAACUUAGAGGCUGAAGCCCAGUCUGACGCGGCUACGGUGCAAAUAUACCUGGCUGAAAAGGACAGAGAGAAAACCUCGUUCUCAGUUAAUGGUGGGAAGUACGAAUUCUGCCGACUACCCUUCGGCCUAAAAAACGCAGGGAGUAUUUUCCAAAGAGCCAUCGACGAUGUGCUGCGGGAAGAAAUCGGCAAAAUAUGCUACGUCUACGUUGACGAUGUUAUCAUCUUUUCCGAAAACGAAACGGAACAUGUCAAGCAUAUUGACACGGUGCUUAAGGGCCUACUCGAUGCCAACAUGAGGGUGGCACGAGAAAAAACAAAGUUCUUUAAAGAGAGCGUUGAAUUCCUAGGGUUCAUUGUUACCAGAGGAGGGACAAAAACAGACCCAGAAAAGGUUAGGGCAAUAAAAGAGUUCCCAGAACCAAAAAAUCUGUUUAGCCUCAGGUCCUUCCUAGGCCUGGCGAGCUAUUACAGAAGCUUUGUAAAAAACUUUGCAUCUAUUGCUAGACCUCUGACCGCCAUCCUCAAAGGGGAAAACGGGACGGUCAGCAAGAAUAUGUCGAAAAAAGUAGCUGUCAGGUUUAAUGAAACCCAGCGCAAUGCAUUCGACCACCUUCGUAACAUUUUGGCAUCCGAAGAUGUCAUAUUGACAUACCCUGAUUUCAAAUCACCGUUUGACUUAACCACUGACGCCUCAGCGAGUGGAAUAGGCGCGGUACUGUCCCAAAAUAAAAGACCUAUUACUAUGAUUUCACGCACGCUAAAAGACUGCGAGCUGAACUACGCCACAAACGAAAGAGAAUUAUUGGCGAUAGUCUGGGCAAUAGGCAAACUCCAGAAUUACCUGUACGGUAACAAUGAGGUACGGAUCUUCUUCUCACGUAUGCGGUAUCCGACAAAAAUACCAACGCUAAAAUCAAGCGAUGGAAAGCAUUCAUUGAUGAGAACAACGGGAAAGUAUUUUACACACCCGGAAAACAAAACCUGGUAGCUGACGCAUUAUCAAGGCAACCCCUGAAUAACUUAGAGGCUGAAGCCCAGUCUGACGCGGCUACGGUGCAUAGUGAGCUUUCACUCUCGUACACCAUAGAUACCACAGAU